CGUGCACAGCACUUUCUUCCCUUUUGGGACUGGGGAUCGGACUUGCAGAUACGCCGAUAGCCAGAAAGUCUUCGAGAUUCAACCAACAGCCACUUUAUUCCGCACGAUCAGGGGCCGGCCUCAACCAUCACAAUGGGUCCGCAGUUGAAAAUGUUUGCCGGGCCUCAAUUGGCCUACCUUCGGCCUACCAGCUUGUCAACAUCAUUCACAGGCCUUCCGCUCUCCCGAUGCUUCUCUACUACCUCUCCGGCCCUUGACUGGCUCACGCCAAAAUUUGCGGAAAAAUCGAAAUCGCCCAAAGGUCGUCCGCAUGUCGCAACUGGCGGUUCGACUCGGGGUACGACUGUUGUUUGGGGUGACUAUGGUUUGCGCAUGAAAGACCAUGACCGUCGAGUGCCCGCUUCAUCGCUCAAAAUUGCAGAGGAAACUAUCAAGAGACGGCUAAGGGGUAUGAACUAUACUCUGUACAAGCGAGUGAGCGCCAACAUCGGUGUUUACACGAAAGGAAAUGAACAACGUAUGGGUAAGGGUAAGGGAAAGUUCGACUACUGGACAGCAAGAGUUCCCGUGAGCCGGAUUGUCUUCGAACUUCAGGGUAACUUGCACGAGAAGAUUGCAAGAGAAGCAUUCAGACUGGCUGGCCACAAGCUGCCUGGUCUCUGGGAAUUUGUGAAGAAGGGCGAUCCCCCUGUUGUUGGUUUGACAAAACUUGGUAACGGUGUUACCUUGGAAAGCCUCAAACGAGCACGCAGAAGCCCAGCGUUGGGCGCAGACAAUUCCGCCAAUCCUCCGAAGUCGACAUCAUCCGACCCAUCUGCUUCUCAAUAAAAACCUCCCACCAUCACGCCCGACAACUCAUUCAUGUAUUCAGUAUAUGAUUUCCCCGACAGUUUAAGCUCCGACGCCUGAACCAGGUCCAUACCCUUGUUGUCUCCUGUUCUUCGGUACACCAUCUUGGGUUUCGAGGUUCGGGUCU